GGUUUUUCGUUGCUGAGGUUUAGAUGGAGGUGAAGUUUGGAGCAUAGUGGACAUCACAGCGUCCUCACAGCGUAGAUCUCUCUCACUAUCAUCCUGGCCGCACCAGAUCAUGCGCGUUGUCCGUGUGAUUGCAUUCAUCCUCGCUGCCGGAGCACAUGGGGCUGCCACAGGGCCCAACUCGCCCUCGCCAAACCGCCCACAGCCACCAACCAGCAGCGUACCGAAGGUUUUCCACGCAAGACAGGUGCAAGGCUGCAGCCACUAUGUGCAGACAAUUGUGUUGGUUGUCCUUUUCAGGCGUUGGAUGGCAACCUGCGGCAGGUCGCGUGGAUUGGCGGCGAACUGCCAGACAAGUGCAACCAAGAGUAAGAGGGAACAAGGAGCAACACAACAGACUUGUACUCGCUACGUAUACGCCCUUUCCUUGAUCAGGUGUCGUUCGUCGUGUCUGGCUAACGCAGCCCUCCGCCCCUCGACCACAGACGACUGCCUCUUCCGCUGCUCAUGCCUUGCCACACCUUCACGAGCCAUAGCCGUCACAUCCACUGGAAAGGCCUAUAUUGCCGAGCCGCAUAGACUGCCGCAGAAGAGUCGAGAGAAAGGCUUUGCCUUUGAGGAGCUCGGUGAGCGGCUGAUGGGUGGAUUGGUGCUUGACGGACCGCAGGGCGUCGUACAAGUGAAAGCCAGGUAAAAAGAGAGAUGUGAUGCAGCGCAAGCGUGUUCAUAUCUGCGUCUAUCUUUGUCGUAUGGAUUGAUGUCAGCCCAGUGGAUCCUCGUGCGAUGGUUGUGUUGACCAACACACGAGUGUGACGUGGAUCAGCAUGGAUGGGGCCGUGACGCUGAGGCCAUUCAGACUGCAGGCUCACUUGCCGAGGAGAGCGCCAGAGACACACAGUGACAUCAAGUAUGCGAGAAUCGACACACAGACGACACCAUCAUUCUCUCUUGCCGCCCAUUCGUGCAGGCUGACAGGGUGGACGUGGCAUCCAUACGUGUCUAGCUGGGUGAGUACACACAUAUGGACGCACGGACAUGCCCCGCACACACGGACAUAUGUGCACAUACAUUUUCUCGUACCGUGUAUGGCGCAUGUCUCUUGGUGUCCGCCAGGCACUAGCAGAGGCCUUGCUUGACCCUGUGUGCCAGCCGUCCCCCUACCAGCACUGCCACAAGAUCCUCUUCGUCACACGUGACGCCGGCGUGUCGUUCGAAUGGGUGGCAUCAGACGUAAUUGACCACUACUGGGGCGUCGCACACUCUCCAGACCCAUCAGCACACGCACAUGAAGACCGUCACGAACACCUCUUCCUCGACAUGUUCCCCUCAGUCAAGGUGAGCUCAAUAGAGAGACAUGCCGAUCGAUGGGUGAACGUAGAGGCGUCGGGUAUGUGUGCGUCAGCGUCACAGUAUGGAGGACAUGCGGCGGCUGUAUAUCGUCAGAUGCGGCGCGUGCACGCAGCUGUCACGACCACCGGCACACAGUAGAAAGGAAAACAAAAGUGAGAACAUGAACCGGUCACUUGAUCUACCCACGGACUCUUGCGUUUUUCGUUGUCAGAGCCGUCCGGCGACGCUGCUCGCCUUGCAUCCGCCCCUGUAGACAGGCCAGUGGAGUUGCCUCAGGACGUUUAUGCCUUCCGCAAAGGGGCGCCGUCACGCCACGGCCACAGAGGGGCCGACACAGCUUCAUCACUGCGUCGCGGCCAUGGUUGGUUCGACGAGGAGCUGGAUCUCUUCGAGACGAUCAACUUCGACGCCGAUGAGAGAAUCGUCAUGAAGGGGGCCCAGAGGUGGGCAGGGUAGGACACAGGUGGGUAUUGCCAGGGUAAGCGCAUUUGUGUGUUGGUAUGGUGCAGGUAUCACUUUGCGAGUUCGUUCAUCUUUGCCGUGGCCAAAGAGAGCAACGACGCACACAGAGUACGUCAUGCCAGAGGCAGGGCACAUGUGUGUGGACGUGGAUGUGUGGAGGCCUCAGCUUGCUUUGUGGGUGUAUUCGCGAGACCAUCGAUACUACAGACGGAAACCCAGUACGCCCACAGAAAGGCUGAGAAAGCUGCAUCCAUGGCUGAGAGUCCACGGUUACUGUGUUUCCUCUGCAGCUUUCAGCAAGGCAUCCUUUCCCCCUGAUGUGGUUCUGACCGACGCGCAGUUGCUCGAUAUGAAGCUCUUGGUUGGACCCUACAGGCACACCAAGAGACAUGGACUCACAAGCGGCGGUUUGUGUGUUUUGUGCAGUGGACAUCUGCUGACCGGGCCUACAUCUACCUUCCGAGCACUUCGCGACAGUUGCCGUGGGGACACAUAUUCACAUGCGACUUCAAAGUAUCCAUACACCAUCUUAACUACACAGCCAGAUGCACACGGCCAACUGACUGGGGCUUCCUUGCUUUCAAUGCAGGGUCACCGAUUCAAGCUGUCGUUGGCGUUUGUGGCUGAAGACCGGACCACCGGGCGUGUGCAGUGGGGCCACAUGCCAGGCAUCCCUGCUGCCCUGGUGGCCAAUCGUGUCCACACCUAGGGAGAGGGCUGGUCUGACGUCAUCCUUGGCCUCGCGAGACAGGACGACCACACCGCGGGUCAGCCUCUUUGGCGAGUGGGGGAUGGUGGGGCUGCUGAAACACAAGAUGACGCGCAAGACACACAG